AGUAUGAAGUUCUGAAUCUUAUCUACUGCAAAGUAGGUGAUCAGGGUGGGAUCAGGUGCCAGAGGAUGCAGUAAGAAACCCGUUGUGACCACCUGCAGCCAUGUCACUAGCCAUGAAGGCCAGACAGAGGGUGAGGAAGAAGACCGUCAAGGACAAAAUCUUUGGGUGUGAUCUGCUGGAACAUCUCCAAUUGUCGGGACAGGAAGUUCCACAGGUUUUGAAAAGUUGCGCAGAGUUUGUGGAGGAGCAUGGCAUCGUGGACGGGAUCUACCGGCUAUGUGGCAUUGCCUCCAAUGUGCAGAAGUUGAGACAAGAGUUUGACAUCGACCGCCCCCCCGACCUAAACAAGAGCACCUACCUGCAGGACGUGCACUGUGUCAGCUCCCUCUGUAAAGCCUACUUCAGGGAACUACCUAACCCGCUCCUCACAUACCAGCUCUACGAUAAGUUUGCGGAUGCAGUGGCCAUACAACUGGAGGAGCAGCGACUGGUGAAGAUUAAAGAGGUUCUGCAGGAGCUUCCACUUCUACAUUACAGGACACUGGAAUAUCUCAUGAGACACUUGCUCAGAAUGGCCUCAUACAGCUCUCAAACCAACAUGCACACCAGGAACCUGGCCAUCGUGUGGGCCCCUAAUCUGCUCAGGUCCAAAGACAUCGAGUCUUCAGGCUUUAAUGGCACGUCUGCGUUUAUGGAGGUCAGAGUCCAGUCCAUUGUGGUAGAAUUCAUCCUAAACCACGUGGAGCAGCUGUUUGGAGGCCAAACAAGUGAUGAAAAAGAAAAUGAAGGCAGUUCUUCUGCCUCAACCAAAUGGUCAAUGCCAACCUGCAUUCCGGAGGAUUAUUACCGAUCGUUGUCCUACAAUCUGCCUAAUAUGCUGAACCAUGGGGAUGGACCACCACAGAUUCGUCCUUACCACACCAUCAUUGAUCUCACAGACCAUAAGAGGAAAGGUUCUCUGAAGGGUAAGAAAUGGAAAUCAAUCUUCAACCUGGGAAGGUCAAACCCAGAUUCCAAGCGCAAGUCUCAUAAACACGAUGAUAAAGAUGGAAAGUCGGGAAAAAUGAGUCUUCGUCCGGCCAAAAGCAUGGACUCCCUGAGUUCAGUCCCUCACACAACACAUGCAACUGAUUUGGAAAAGAAUAAUCUGCCAUUACGAUCUCCCAGAAACCAACUCUCACAAAGAAGGGAAAGUUUUGGGUCUCCAAAUAAAGAAGACAACAUUGAGUUUAUGUGCUUAGACUCUGAGGAGCCACACUCAAUGGACAUGAAUGAUGCAGAGUAUGAAGAAGAAGAAGGUCAGGCCAGGUCAGAGCCCACAACACCAAAACCAGGAAGGUCUUCACUAACAGGGAAUCCACCAAGCCGCUCACCAAAAUCUAACCCAAGCCGGGCUGAGAAGUGUGUGGGAGUCCACAUUUCUGGACCCUUUUCUGUUACUCUCCCCUUCCAUAUUACAUCUAAUUUAUCUCGUUUGACAAGAGGCAUGGAGUGUCCAGGACUGAGCAUAUUGGCUCCACACAAAGGCUCUGAGAACUUCUCACUAGAAGGAAAUAUGUCUGCAGAGCAUGAAGACCCAAACAAAGCAAGACCCUGCCAAGUGCCAGACAAAGACCAGCAUAGUGGGACAGAGGAGCAAGGGAAAGAGAACGGCCGCAUCUCACUGGAGGUCCAAGACACCUUCUCCUUCCUGGACGCCCAGGACACCAGUGCUGAGAAAAUAGCAGAGAACACAGUAGACAGUGAGAUGUUGGGGUACGACCAGCAAACUGGGAACAAGAUGGAGGAAUUUUCUGUGGAGCCUCCACCAGAAGACCUGUGCGAGGAGAAUGAGGCUGGGCAGGCGUAUUUCAUGCCUAUUGGCUUUGUAAAUCAGAUUGGACAUUGGCAGGUGAUGCAGGACAGUCUAGAAGACAUUUAUCUAAGUGCUCACGACGACCUCAGUCCAAUAACACAGAACCCAAACCUGGAGCCAUGUUCAGAGGAGCCCAUGGAACAGCACCAUUGUAUAGGACAUGAGAAUCUUCUCACAGACCCAGGAGGAGAGACCAUUGAGGAGGAUCAGCUGAGGACUUAUGUGUCCGGCACCCAAGAACAGUCACUUAUGGCUUCAGAAACCCAAUGUAAUGGGACACACAAAAUAGUUGUGGAUGAUGAUGGUCAACGCUGUAACAAAGAUCAUAGAUCUACAGGGGAACAUGAAGACUCAGGGACUCCUAACAAUAAGGAGGACACAAUCAUAGGAGAGCCCAGGUGUAGUCAGGAGCACAACAUGGACAUUCCCAAUCCAGCGGAUAGAGAGGCCCUGACAGCUCCUAAAGAGAUGCAGCAUGAUGAUCCUGACCACAAAGAUGAUACGGAAACUGUAAAUAGUAAAGAGUUAGAUGGUCCUGUGGCCCCUGGGCCUGAAGGGGUUGAGAAUGACCCAGACUGCACAGUGGAGCCGCAUCAUCCAAUGCAGGGUAAGGACAUCCUGGAGGCACCUGAGACAUCCCAAGAACCAACAGCUUGUGUCACAGAUCUCAAUACUGUGUCACCUAAGGCAACACUGGAGAAUGAGGAUAGUAAAGAAUUGAAUGCAAAAAUCCGAGAUUCAUAUGAUGAAGUUGAUACAUUACCUAAAAACACGUCAGACCAUUGCCUCUCCAGAAAUACACCUUCUCUAGGACACAAGGAGAUGGUCGAGCAGCAGAGUUACUGCGCUGAAGACGGAUCUGCAAAAGGUCCCGAGUCUACUGCUAAAGAUCAAGGCUUUUCUGAUGAGGAUCCUCUGUCUGAAGGAUCAGUAGGACAUGAACACUUACCUGAUGACAUCAACAUGAAAACCUCAGAGGAUGAGCUGAAGGAUUCCCUACAGCAGAGGCCUCCACCUGAGGACAGCACUGCCCCUGAGAAGAUGUACCCUGAUGGCAGUGUAGCCAUGAAGCUAAUGGCAACCACCAAUAAAAUCCAGCAAGUAAAAUCCGUUCCUGUCGUGCCACCAAAGCCACAAUUCACCAAGCUUCCUUCAGCUCUAAAGACCAAGAUCCAAGUCAUCUCCUCUCCUCAUCCUCUACAAACACCAGAAAAGGGCGGCCACAUGGACAUGGCAGAUACAUCUACAGGCACCACACUGAAGACUAAUAUACAGGUCAUCUCCUCUCCUCAUCCUCUACAAACACCAGAAAAGGGAGGCCACAUAGACACGGCCGAUACAUCUACAGGCACCACAACGAAGACCAAGAUCCAGGCCAUCUCUUUGUUGUCUAGUAAUAGAGACACAAGAUCCCAGAUGGCAGAGAAGAGCAGUCACACAGAGGCAGCAGAGACACCUAUUUACACCUCUUUAAUGAGGCGAUCCAGUUGGAGGAACACCACCAGUAUUUCCUUUGACACAGCAAUGACCAAGGCCAAAGAACGUCAGUCUCAGAACCCAGUUAGACGUAUGCAGACAUACUGUAUAGGAGAUUCCUAUGACCUUAUGGACAAUACCCCCCAUGCUCCAAGGUUCACAGUGAAGUCAGCCAGUAGCAGAAUACACAGACCUUUCAGUUGUAAGCCAAUGCCUUAUGGUGAAGGAGGAGAACUGCCUGGACCCAAUGCUGAAGGAAAAGAGACCAUGCAUGGUCUCAAGUCCAUAUUUACCCAUGAACCUGAUGCCUACUCAAAAGAAGUGCCCCAUAGUAACAGACUAAGUAUGCCAAGGUUGGGCCAGCCACCUGUGGGUGAUGACCAGAGCAAGUGUCAUCAGCAGCGCCGGUCCCUGCUUUAAUAUGCCCCCAUUUGUAGGAGUGGAAUAAAACCUUCACCCUCCAGACUGUCCACAUGUAACAUGUAUGUAUUUUGUAUUACAUUCUCUUCAAUGGUUUAUAAAGGGAAAAUGCAACUUAAUGGGAGUCAGUAGCACAAUGUGAUCUCCCAAGACAUGAAGGAUAUCCCUACCCCCCAUAAUAUAACAUAUACCGUGUCAAAGGCUCACAUCACAAUGAGGUCAAACCAGAAGGUGGCCACAUCACAAUGAGGUCAGACCAGAAGGUGGCCACAUCACAAUGAGGUCAUACUAGAAGUUUUCAUUUUUUACAUUUUUUUUCAAUUAUUUUCCUUAUUUUUUAAUAAUGUUU